AUGAACUUAUCCUUGCAAGACCCCUUUUCAGUAGCAAAGGAGUUUCCUGAGAACCUAACAACCAACCUCAGUUACGGACACUCGGUUGCUAUUCAAUUCAACCAUAAUGGGGAUUACCUAGCGUCAGGUCUUUCGGAUGGAUCAAUAGUCAUAUACGAAAUGGUAUCAAGUGGCAUAAUAGCGCACAUUACCGAAGACUGCCACGUACGACCGAUAACAUCAAUUACAUGGUCCAAUUGUGGACGGUACUUGUUGACCUCAUCGCAAGACUGGUAUUGCAAGUUGUGGGAUUUGAGCUUGAUCAACAGUGGUACUUCUCCUGCUAUACGACAGGUUAAAUUCGAUGGACCUAUAUGGCUGUCUAGUAUCCAUCCAGAGAAUCAUUUCAACUUUGUUGCGUCUUUGUUUGACGAUUCGCCUGUGUAUGUCAAUUUAGAAAGUGAAGAACCGCAGGUUCAGAAAUUGAGAACAGACCCGUUGGAAAAUGAAGAGCUGGAGGCUGAUGGUGAAGAGCCGAGAAAGAGGAGGAAGCCCAAUGACAAGCAUUACACCUUGGUCACAACGUUCACACCCGAAGGGCAGUACAUCUUUACUGGUACUAGCAAGGGCUGGUUAAACAUAUUCAGAACCAAAGAUUUAAAAUUGAUCCACUCGAAUAAAAUUGCAAAUUCCAAUAUAAAGAAUAUUGCUAUAUCACUCAAUGGACGGAAGUUGGCUCUAAACUUUUCUGAUCGUAUAAUUAGACAGAUUAACCUUCCUGACUUGAUUAAUGACGACGAUUCAGCUGAGUGGGAUUUCGAAGUUGACCACAAGUACCAAGAUGUGGUUAAUAGGCUACAAUGGAACGCCAUCUCAUUCAACCACAAUGCCGAAUUCUUGAUCGCUUCAACCCAUGGUCAAUCCUCGCACGACUUAUAUCUUUGGGAAACAUCGAUGGGGUCAUUGAUUAAAAUCUUGGAAGGGUCGAAUGAAGAGUUGAUUGACGUCAAGUGGAAUUACAACCGAUGCAAAAUUGGAUCAAUAGGACUUGAUAGUGGGAUUAUAUACAUUUGGCUGGUUCAAUUUCCUCAGAAAUGGAGUGCUUUAGCGCCCGACUUUGUAGAAGUCGAGGAAAAUAUAGAUUAUGUUGAAAAGGAAGAUGAAUUUGAUAUUCUUGAUGAAACAGAGUUGAACAAAAAGAGAUUAGAGGAUGAAGUGAUGGAUAUUGACGUGAUAACAAAGGAGACCACCGAUGCUAGAGGAUUCGAUAUAACACAGGAGUCCUUUAUCAUUCCAAUUGACUAUGGAAAAGAAUUGUAUAGAUGA